UCCUGACAGCUGACUCACACAAUCGUGCAACAAGCUGUCAAUCUUUCUGUUUGACGAAUCGCGAAUAUAGACUUACCGUCCGAUGGUAAUGUCUCCGACUGUCGUAUCCACAGAAUAUUCACGACUGAUUUUAGCGUCCUCUUCUCACGAAUGACGGUUAGUUAAUGCACUAUUUACCGCAGUAUGUACAAUGAAAUGCAAAAGGCGGAUGUAAAUAGUAAAUGUAGUUUGAUACAACCCACGUUCUAGAAUUAACAUAUGCAUAGAGUCAAAAGCCUCUGAAAAAUGGCCGAAAAAAUACAACUACUUAUGAAUUUACCGAAAAGUCUUUAUGAACUGAGUGUGGCCAGGAUAGUAGACUUGCUACAGACACACAAUUUUUCACGACAAUGUCUGGCCGAUUUACCGGAUAUAUUGCUGUUCGACGUUUAUUAUGCGAUGUCCAAAGUAGAUAAUUUUCCAUUUAAUGAAUUCAUAACACUGGAAUGGAGUAAUUUGGCUACGUUUUCUAAGAUGUUAGCAAUAACUAAUGGAGAGGUAGAUUUGUUAAUAUGUUUUGAGCUUUUAGGGUAUCCUUUGAGAAAAGAAUUAGUAUCAAGCUAUAUUUCAUGGUGCAAUGAUGCCAACAACAAUCCAGAUGCUCAAGAUGGGCUGAUAAAAUUAGGUCUCAGAUUUGGUGGAUUCCUGGGCGAUGCUGGCGAUAUUCAUGAAAGUGAGGAGGUUUUGCUAAAAUGUCAGGAAUUAUGUCUGCUUAAUAAUUCUACACCUGAAAAUUGGUGUAGAACAUUAAAAUGUUGCUAUAGACUGCUACAUGUCCAAGCUGCAUAUUGCUUAUUCGAAAAUGCAACAAAAACAUUGAUACAAGCUAUGGAUUUAGUGAAGCGUUUAAAACAGGCAGAAUUCGAGUGCAAUUUUGCUGCUUUGUACACCGAAUUUAGCGUGUUAUAUUAUAUGAAGGAUAUGUACGACGAGGCUUAUAGAUGGAGUAUAAAAGCUUUGGGACAACUGAAACCUACGCUGCCAGCUCGCAUUACUGUGGACGUUCUGAGACAAGCUGCGAAAUCGUGUCUGCUGAAACGAGAAUUUCCGAAAGCCGGUUUGCUUAUCGAACAAGCCGUUUAUCUCGGCAGGCAAAAAUUUGAGUCGCAUUAUCUAGUAAACACCAACGUCCUUCUAGAUUACGGAUUAUACUUAUUAAACAUUGAUAAUUUAAUUGAUAGCGUUUAUGUUUACAAGAAAGUUGUAGCUGCGAGGAUGUCAGUAUUCCCGAAAUGCAAUUUACAUGUCGCGCUGGCCUCGGUAGAUCUUGCGUAUGCGAUGUACGUGUACGAAUAUAAUUUUGGGAAUUUUACAGAGGCGAGAGAAUAUGCAAACCGGGGGACAGUGACUAUAGAACGCUGUCUUAGCAACAAUUUGUUAUUGGCGAAUGCAAAGAAAGUAUAUGCAUUAAUACUCGAAGAAAUAGCAAUACAGAUCAGACAGCAGUACAUAUCAGACAUGAUCGAUAAGUCAUUACGUAUGGCUGAAGAAUUUUAUCUAUAUGCUUUGCAUCUGAUAAGGAAAACGUUAGGAGAGAAAAAUGUAUUGAUCGCAAAUAUUUACGGAAAUUUGGGGCGUUUUUAUCAAACUAUGGGAAGAUUAGAGGAUGCGGAAACAAUGCUCAACAAAGCUGUACGCAUUAAAGAACAAUUAUUAGGACCGAAUGACUAUGAAGUUGGCUUGAGUCUAGGACAUUUAGCGUCCUUGUACACUCAUGAUAUGAUUCGGUAUGAUGAGGCCGAGAAACUUUGUCAUCGCAGUAUUGUAAUCAGUAAGUGGAAGAUAAUAAUUUUAAACGUUAAUGACCGUGCAUACUUUAAUACGUUCAUGUUAUUAGAUAUAAAUACGUUCGGCAAAAGCUAUAGUGGAUUGGAAUACGAUUAUCGAACACUUUUACAUAUUUACAUAAAAAGGCUCGAACAUGAGAAAGUCUUGCAGUAUGAAACCUUAUUAGACGAAUGGAAAAUAUUGAGAUUGCAACGCACUGAAUCUGAAAACCUACCGUUUGAUUACGAAAGACUUCCACACCCGAUCGAAGAAGUGAUCGACACAUUUUUUACCAUAACGUUCAGUGUCCAAUAGAACAGUAUACCAAGUAUAAUUCGCAACAAACUAUCGAUUUUCAUGGUAUCUACGUUAAGAUGUGUCUCGGUAUUGAUACUAUAAUAAGAAGAAAUAAAAACCUGCAACUGUUUUUAUACAAGAGUGAUGAAAACAACAGAAUUAAGCAAAAUAUGAGUUAAAUUAAUAAUUAGUGAAAUGUCCAAUAUAUUCUUUCCAUACGAGACUUACUUUUAGCAAUGUAGAUAACAAGACAAUAGAUAUAUAUUCAUUAAUUUUUGGAUAACACAUACAUUCAAAAGCUUUAAUCUUUUAAAUUACAAUAAACAUUAAGUAGUACAUAAUUCGUAUUUACACGAUAUUUAUCUUAUCACUCCAGUUGUCAGGUAAUAGGAAUCUUAUCUAGCAUCCUCUCAUACUAAGAGCAUCUCUAAGUCUUCCUGAAACUGAUCGUAGAGGUAUGUUACAUCAACUUACAUGUCCAACUAGAGGUACAGUUAAGGGACUACGUGAUUACUGAUGAAGUUACGGUUUUGCAUUUUAUGUUAGCAUAUUAUAAACAUGAACUAUUAAGAAAGAAGUCUCGAAUUUUCGAUAACUUUACAGUAAUCCAAUCCCGUAACUCGUCAACACACUGAAUUACCGAAUUCAUAUUGCACAUCUUGCUGGACUGAUUUCGUGUCAGAAUAUUUAAUCAGGUGUAUGUGGGGGUUCUUGGCUAAAGUACGGUGCUGUGUCCUGCACCAAUAACGUAUGGCAAACAUCACAGACUCUGGAUGGUCUUUGUUUGGGUCCACUUUUCACAACAUGUGAAAGACAAGACAAACAAAAUAUAUGGCCACAAUGGCGGCAAUGCACCUAUGAAAAUAUACUUCUUUAGUCUUCGCUGAAACGUGUCAAUUAAAAUCAGCAAUACCUUUUUCUUUGUAACUGUGAAAGCAUUAUGACAAGUAGGGCAUUCUUCCACGUCUUCUUCAUGUUGCCAUCUUACUUCGCUACCAGCUUGUCUGAUCCUUUCUAAUUGUACCUAUCGCAAAAAGUGGAUUUUAUAUUAAUAGAGCACUUAUUCUAAUGAA